AUGGUCGAGCUGUUUAGCCUCGUCCCGAUCGGUCUGCCGCCGAUCGCAAACAUCGUGCGCAAGCACAUCACCGACGCCGGCCUCGCGCUGGAGCUGCUCGACCUCGACGGCGUGUACAGCGAGAUCAUCGGCUCGACGUUAGGCGAGGGCUACUUUAACGGCGACGCGACGUUUCUCAAGGCGGCGAGGGAGGCUUUCGAGGAGUUUGUCAACAAGGACAUCGGCAAGAGCGCCACCGCCGAGCUGCUCUCCAACUUUUGCGACAACCUGCUCAAAAAUUCGGGCGCGCUGCUCUCGGACGAGGCGCUCGAGGACAAGCUCGAGAAGGUGGUGCGGCUCUUUGGCUAUCUGUUCGACAAGGUCAUCUUCUCCCAGUUCUACAGGAGGCAGCUCGCGAAGCGCUGCUCCUGGCGCCCUCAGUGGGCGCUAGCGCAGAGCGCUCGAUGA